AUGCAGGGCUUUGAUUAAUUGCUUAGAAAACAAGAUUUAGGUAAAUUGGUUCAAGCGGAGGUUUCAAGUACAUGCAAACGUUCUCGCCUCUGUACUCAAGUUUGAAUAGUUGAAGAAGGAAGAUUUUGUAGAAGUGGAGCCUUUUGGGUUUCUGCAACUCACUCAACCGCUCAGUUGUUGUAAACUGUAACAAUGGCGAACUCACAUCUUCUUCUUCUUCUUCUUCUUCUGUUGACAUUUUCCCUCCUCUCCGUCCACCACUCAGCUGCUACUCAGUCAGAGUCCGAGAGCCUUCUGAAAAUCCAGCAGCUGCUCAACCACCCACCACCUCUAGCCCGAUUCAAUUCCACUGACACACACUCUCUGUGCAGCAUUGAACCAACUCCUUCCCUCACUCUCUAUUGCUACCAAGGCAACGUCACCCAGCUCCACAUUUCUGGCGGAGCCGCCUUCCCUCCGCUGCCGCUGGACUUCUCAACCAACUCUCUGUUCUCCGCUCUCGCCGCCGCCUUCCCAACCCUCAAAGUCCUCUCUCUCGUUUCACUCCAACUCUGGGGGCCACUCCCUCCAUCCAUCGCCCGUUUAUCUUCCCUCGAGAUUCUCAACCUCAACUCCAACUACCUCAGCGGCGCCAUUCCUCCCCACAUUUCGUCGCUCGUCAACCUCCAGACUCUCAUCCUCGAUCGCAACAACUUCACCGGCCGACUCCCGGCGUCGUUGGGUUCGCUUCCGUCGUUGGCCGUUCUCAGUUUGAACCACAACCUCCUCAACGGCCCUCUCCCGAGUUCUCUGGCCUCUCUGCAAACCCUCAGAGUCCUCUCUCUCUCCCACAACUUCCUGUCCGGCGAAGUUCCCGACCUCACAGCCCUCACAAACAUGCAACUUCUUGAUUUGGAAGCCAACUCUUUUGGGCCUCAUUUUCCAAGCUUGCCUUCCAACAACAAGCUGGUAACCCUCGUGCUCCGAAACAACACGUUUCGCGUCGGAAUCCAAACCGGAUUCCAAGGCGGUUUUCAACUCCAGAAGCUUGACAUUUCACUCAAUGAAUUCGUGGGGCCUUUUUCGCCGUCGUGGCUGUCGCUGCCAUCCAUCAAUUAUCUUGACAUCGCCGGAAAUAAAUUCACCGGCGUGCUUUCCAAGAACAUAUCUUGCAAUGCUGAGCUUGCUUUUGUGAAUUUGUCAUCAAAUCUUUUGGGAGGGAACUUGCCCACUUGCCUCAAAAACCGGGGUUCGAAGAACAACAGGGCUGUUGUUCUGUAUUCCGGGAAUUGUUUGACGAAUGUAGAUCAGCAGCAGCGUUCUAACUUGUGCCACAAUGAAGCUCUGGCUGUGGAGUUACCGCCUUCUGGUGACCGAAAAAUCAAGAGGCGUCAUGAUAAUAAACAAAUCGUUGCAUCAAGUGCCGUGGGAGGAAUUGUGGGUGCUGCUGCAGUUGUUCUUCUGGCUUUCAUGGCUGUUAAGAGGUUAUUGCACGGCGAACAGCCUGUUAAAAGUCCCCGAACAAGGUUGAUUAGAGAUUCAGCUUCAACAGUCAACACAGCCAAGCUACUCUCGGAUGCAAAAUAUAUAUCGGAAACAAUGAAGCUGGGAGCUAGCCUUCCUGCUUAUCGAACGUUUGCUUUGGAGGAGCUCAAGGAAGCUACCAACGACUUUGAUGAUUCAACAUUACUUGGCGAAGGUGCACAUGGGCAGCGCCAGAUGUAUAGAGGGAAGCUCCCCGACGGAACACUUGUUGCUAUCAAAGGCUUGAAGAUGAGAAAGAGGCAGGCUACACACGUCUAUACACACCUCCUUGAGCUGGUUUCGAAACUGAGACAUAGCCAUUUGGUUAGCGCUCUUGGACAUUGCUUGGAGUACAAUCCUGAUGAUUCGGGCGUCAGUAGAAUAUUUCUUGUAUUCGAGUUUGUUCCAAAUGGAACGCUAAGAGGCUUCAUCUCUGAAGGACCUCCAGAACGAAAAUUUACUUGGGCGCAGAGAAUAGUAGCUGCAAUUGGAGUUGCAAAGGGUGUUCAGUUUCUGCAUACAGGGAUUGUUCCUGGUUUAAAAUCAAAUAAUCUCAAGAUAACAAAUGUCUUAUUGGAUCACGAUCUUCAUGUGAAAAUAAGCAGUUAUAACCUACCUCUUUCAGCUGAAAACAACAGGGGAACGGUGGGGACUGCAGUUUCUUCUCCUGCACAAGGAAGCAUUCAUACUAGGGUUAACCAUGAGUGUAAGAACGACGUUUAUGACAUUGGAGUAAUCUUGCUAGAAAUGAUUCUGGGGAGACCUAUCAUGUUCCCAAAUGAAGUUGGUGUUUUGAAAGACCUUGUACGAGUAAGUUUGACAAUUGAUGACACAGCUCGGAGGAGCAUUGUGGAUGCAGCAGUGCACAAGGAAUGCUCGGACAAAUCACUGAAGACAAUGAUGGAGAUAUGCGUGAGGUGUCUUACGAAUGAUGCAGCUGAUAGGCCUUCAGUUGAAGACAUUCUUUGGAAUUUGCAGUUUGCAGCGCAGGUUCAGGAAUCAGCAAGAGAAGACUGUCGGAGUAGUAGUCAAGGCUCACCCGUUUCAUCACCCUAACUCCAACUAGUCGGACUUUCACCUUCCUCCUCCUAUAUUUCCAUCAGUUAGGGAACAAUCUAUGUAUUAUGUAACGUACCAUACCAGAUGGAAAAUGUAUAAGUGCUAUAUGGCCUUAAUUUUUUAUUUUAUUUCUAGUAUUAUGUUACUAUGCCCUCCUGAUUUGGUGUAACAUUUUAUAAAACUCCCCUUUGUACCGUCGAGAUUUUUUUCAGGGAGGUGAAUUUCAUACAUCCCUUUUAGCUUCUUA